AUGACGGGCAAAACAGAUGUCCCAGGAGUCGCGCUCAUUACUGGCUCAGGCUCGGGCAUUGGGCGGGCAACGGCUCUAUCAUUUGCGCAAUCCGGUUGCACUCGCAUCGCACUGCUCGAUCUGAACGAAGACGGUCUUUCGGCUACUAAAAAACUCAUCGAGGAGGCUGCCGGGGACAACAACUCGCUCAAAAUCCAUAUUUACAAAUGUGACGUUUCCAACCACGACAGCGUCACGCAAGCCUACGCCGACGUCAAAGAAACAUUCGGCCGUCUCGACUAUGCCGUACAUUGCGCAGGGAUCAUCGUCUUCGGGCGAUCAACCGAGUUCUCCCUCGAGGAUUUCGACAGGCAGAACAGCGUGAACUACCGUGGUUUGUGGUUGUGCUCUCGCGAAGCCCUUCGGAUUAUGCGCACCCAAUCACUGGAUUGCGAGGCGUAUCCUGAAGCUCAGAUCCCGCCGACUCGUGCCCAGCGCGGAAGCAUCGUCAACAUCUCCUCGGGCCUCGCAUUAGUGUCGCAGUCCAACUGUCCGGCAUACAGUGGCGCCAAGGCCGGCGCAUUGGCAGUCUCCCGCUCCGACGGCAUCGACUAUGCGUCUGAACGUAUCCGGGUCAACGCUGUCUUGCCGGGGAUCGUGGAUUCUCCAAUGACAAACCCGGACCCCGAGACUAGAAAGUGGCUCGAAACGAACCCUGUCCAGAGCACGCCAAUGAGGAGGUUCGGACUGCCAGAGGAAAUCGCAGACGUUUGUGUCUUUUUGUCUGGUAACAAGGCGAGCUUCGUCACCGGGGCAGGUUGGUGUGUCGACGGCGGUUUCAUCGCUGGAAUGGCAUAUUGA